AAGAGAAGAAACUGCCAAAGUUCCGGUAGUAGAAUCAUCGUCCACCAAUGCUUCGGAUGAUAUAAACCUGGAUGACGAUCCUGAGCAAGCAAUGAUGAGGAUGAUGGGAAUGUCAGGAUUUGGCAGCACAAAGGGUAGAAAGGUUCCGGGUAACGACACCGCGGCAGUUAGUAUUAAAAAGCAGAGGCAGUACCGACAAUACAUGAAUAGACGUGGUGGAUUCAAUAGCGGAGAAAAACCGGCUGCAAUACUCGCAUCCCUUUUUUCGGAUACACCUCUCUGGCAUGGCGGAUUUACCACUCACGUAAUAAAAAAUUUUGACCUUUUGGGAUACGAGGCCGCUAUUCAAAAAAGUCGGGAGAUAGCGUCGCAAAAGCUACAAAAAACCUUCCAAAAUGCAGAUGCUAACAAAGGACCUGUUCGCGGCAUCGCCUUCCAUCCAACACAACCCCUGUUCGUGUCAGGCGGCGAUGACUACAAGAUCAAAGUGUGGAAUCACAAGACCCGCAAAUGUUUAUUCACACUAAAUGGACAUCUGGAUUAUGUGCGAACGGUCUUCUUUCACCACGAAUACCCUUGGAUUCUAAGUGCGUCUGAUGAUCAAACAAUUCGGAUCUGGAAUUGGCAGUCAAGAAAUUGCAUCGCCAUUCUAACGGGACACAAUCACUAUGUCAUGUGUGCUCAAUUUCACCCCAAAGAAGACUUGGUGGUUUCAGCUUCUCUGGAUCAGACCGUCAGAAUCUGGGAUAUUUCAGGUCUGAGAAAGAAAAAUGCUGCACCUACUUCUAUGAGUUUCGAAGACGGUUUGCAUAGAGCGGCGGCAACUCAGGCCGAUAUUUUUGGAAGUACCGAUGCAAUAGUGAAAUAUGUGUUGGAGGGUCAUGAUCGCGGUGUCAACUGGGCCACCUUUCACCCAAACCUUCCGUUAAUCGUUUCGGCCGGUGAUGAUCGUCAAAUAAAAUUGUGGAGGAUGAAUGAUACAAAGGCUUGGGAAGUCGAUACGUGUCGUGGUCAUUUCAACAAUGUAUCCGCUGCACUAUUUCAUCCCCGGCAAGAGUUGAUCAUAUCCGACGCCGAGGACAAGACCAUCCGAGUUUGGGAUAUGUCGAAGAGAACACUUGUGCAAACUUUUAGACGCGAGCAUGAUAGAUUUUGGGUAUUGACCGCCCAUCCUGAAUUGAAUCUGUUUGCGGCUGGUCACGACAAUGGCCUUAUAGUUUUCAAGUUGGAGAGGGAGCGCCCGGCAUAUGCGGUUCAUCAGAAUAACCUCUUCUAUAUCAAAGAUAAAAGUUUGCGAGUUUUCGAUUUUUCCAACGGUUCCGAUCUGUCGGUCCUCUCGGUGCGCAAGAUUGGCGGACAAUAUGUUCAGCCUCGGGCUCUGUCGUACAACCCCGCCGAACGUGCUGUCAUCAUAACCACGCCUACUGACGGUGGGAGUUUUGAUUUAUUCAAUUUGCCAAAAGAGUUUGGCGGCGAACCACGAGAAGUGUCCGGGGAAGGUAAACACGGUGCUGGGACGUCUGCAAUUUUCAUUGCAAGAAAUCGUUUUGCGGUGUUGGAUAAAACGCGUCAGCAAAUAGAAAUCAGGGAUCUCUCCAACGCCACCACCAAAUCCGUUAAGCCUCCUGCAAUCGUGAGCGAGAUUUUUAGCGCCGGAAGCAGCAAUCUUUUACUCCUCAGCACUCCAACUUCGGUGAUACUGUACGACAUUCAGCAACGUCAGACCGUGGCUGAGAUAAAUACCCCCCCGGUGAAAUAUGUCGUGUGGUCUUCCGAUCAUUCUCAGGUGGCUCUUUUGAGCAAGCACACGAUAACGAUUGCGAAUAAGACAUUAGAACAAAGUUGUCUGAUUCACGAGACUAUUAGGAUCAAGAGCGGUGCCUGGGACGAUGCUGGUAUUUUCGUGUAUUCCACUCUAAAUCACAUUAAAUACGCACUUUCGCAGGGUGAUAACGGAAUUAUCCGUACACUUGAUCAGCCCGUUUAUCUCACAAAGGUCAAAGGGAAAAAUAUUCAUUGUCUGGACAGGGACGGUAAGACACGCGUCAUCAGCAUAGAUCCCACCGAAUAUCGCUUCAAAUUGGCUCUCAUCAAACGCAAUUAUGACGAGGUCUUGCAAAUCAUUCGAACCUCAAACCUGGUUGGACAGGCCAUCAUCGCUUACUUACAGAAAAAGGGAUACCCCGAGAUUGCGUUGCAUUUUGUAAGAGACGAUAAAACUCGGUUUGACCUUGCCCUUGAAUGUGGCAACAUUGAUGUUGCAUUAGAGACCGCGAAAUCCAUGGAUCGUGAAGAUUGUUGGAACAAAUUGGGUUCCGAGGCUUUACGCCAAGGAAAUCAUCAGAUCGUUGAAAUGGCGUAUCAAAGGAUAAAAAAUUUUGAUCGCCUGUCGUUCUUGUACUUGGCGACGGGAAAUUUAGAAAAGUUGAGGAAAAUGUUGAAGAUUGCCGAGUCGAGAAACGAUUACAUGUCAAGAUUCCACAACUCACUUUAUUUGGGUGAAGUUGAAGAACGCGUUCGAUUACUAAAAGAAAUUGGUCAAUGUGAAGAUCCUUUCAGUUUCAACCACGGUCUCACCGAGGAAGCGGAGUCGAUCCUGACAGCCGCUGGACUUAGCCCUGAAGAUAUCACGGAUUUACCGGCCAAUGGACAAUUGUUAAAGCCGCCUACGCCAAUCAUCAAACAGGCCGAUUCUAAUUGGCCUUUGCUAACCGUAUCUCGCUCAUUCUUUGAUAGCGCAUUUUCUAAUGCUGAUAGUAAUCCACUUGCGGCGCCUCUCUCGUUCAACGCUAACGAUGAGAUAGAAGAUAUUAAGGGAGAUUGGGCGGGUGAAGAUGAUCUCGGAUUCGGUGGUGACGUGGAGAACGCUAUUGAUGGUCAACCUGUGACAUCGCCACUUAUUGAAGAAGGCUCUGGCUGGGACAUCGAUGCGGAUCUCAGUGUUCAGCUGGAUACCGAGAUUCAAGAUUUUUCCAAUGGAGCACCAGGGGAGUUCGUACCUCCGACCUCAGGCACAAACGAAUCAGAGUUAUGGACACACAAUUCACCUUUGGCGGCUGACCACGUGGCUGCCGGAUCGUUCGAGACAGCCAUGCAGAACAUCAUAUCUGUGCAGCUUCAGGAGGCGUACAAAACAACGACUCAGGGAAAAUUUCAAGAUGCCACGAUACAAUUCCGAUAUAUUCUACACUCGAUCUUGUUGAUAGCCGUAUCGAAAAAAUCGGAGGUGGAUGAGGUGCAUCAACUUAUUGAGGUUUGCCGCGAAUACAUCGUUGGACUCACGAUGGAACAAACCCGUCGUAAAUAUCCGCUUGAUAAUCCGGAAAACACGAAACGAGCACUGGAGUUGGCCGCUUACUUUACCCACUGCCGACUGCAACCGGCCCACUUGCAGCUCAGUCUGCGAUCAGCGAUGACACUGAGUUUCAAGGCCAAGAACUGUUUGACGGCUUCCAUGUUUGCCAGACGAUUAUUGGAAUUGGCACCUCCACCAAAUGUGUCCACACAGGCACGUCAGAUUCAGUCGAUCUCGGAAAAAACUCCUCGGGACGAGAUCACGCUCGAUUACGAUCAGUACAAUCCAUUUGUAGUCUGUGGUAUUUCCAACACGCCAAUUUACAAGGUCGAUCCUCUUCUCAAUAAGCUCUAUACGAUGCCUCCGGUCAAGGAACGGAAGACGUUUUUAGAAGAGGUUAACUCCAUUGACGACAAAGAAGUUUUGAGGCGAAUGCUCAUACAAAAAGAACAAGAGAAAGACGGUAUAGCACAUAAUUUGGACAUAGCAGCACGUCUCGGCCUUGAAAUUUCGGGGAAAAACGAGGAACUUAAGAUGAAACUUGACCUAGCCCAACAAGCUGAGGCACAGGCCUAUCUAAAGCUUUCCGCGCUCGAGGAAGAAAACAGAAUCUUGCUCUCAAAAGCUUCUCACAGUAAUGACCUCGCCACUCAACUGGCAGCCAGUGAGGAUCAGGUAAAGAUAUUACGCGAGCAUCGAGCGUUUCUGCAGAAAGAACUUGACACCGCUCGACGAGAACUAAAAAGGUUCCGAAAGGAACUUGACAGUCUUUCGGGACAGAUGAAUGAUAUGGCCGAAGACAUGUGGGAAUCGCGCAAUAAAGUUAACACAUAUGCCAAGAAGCUGGUGGACGUUGAGCAACACCUUGCCGACACGCAAGAGAUGAACGUGAAUUUAUCCAUACAGCUUGAAAAGUCGCUCAACUCUCAGAAGAUAUCUAGCGCGACAACCACGCAAAUCGUCAAGAUGAUUCAGGCAGAUCUCGGAAGGGUUGUCCUCGAAAAUGAGCACCUGCGCGCUAGCAUAAACGAGUUGGAAAACCGACAAGUGAAAUGUGAAGGAAAGCUUAGUGAAAUGAUAGUAUCAGCCCAGGAGUACGCUCAUCUCUUAGAAGAAGCCCAAGACACCAUACAUUCGUUGAGUGAGACUCGUCUCGAAUCUGAUAUCGAAAAUUUAGACAUAUUGCCUGGGCGAAGCCGCGGACACGUAGAUCAAGUGAUUGCCAAGGACUCACCUCCAUUAAAGGGUUCCCCAUUUUCGACCGAGGUGGAACAACAAUUGGAGAAGACCAUAGAGGAACGACUCAUGUCCCAAAUGCCACGGACUCACUGUGGUCAUGUUACGAAUACGUCGGUAGACGUGAAAAAGGCAGCCGCGGGCCUGAAAUAUUUGUUGUCUGCUCGUGAGGUAGAGGGAAAAGAUGUUGGCAAAGGAAAAAGUGUUGAGAGACGACCAUUUGGUGGUGGCUACGUUUUGCAUUCCUACAACGUACGAAUCUGA